CAGUGCCACCUGUCAGUGUCCAUCAGUGCCAGCUGUCAGUGUGCCUACCAUUUCACAUCAAUGCCACAUAUCAGUGCCCAUCUGAGCUGCCUUUCAGUGCCACCUAUCAAUGCCAGUCAGUGCCACCUAUCAGUGCUGCCAAUCAGUGCCGCCUAUCAGUGCCAGUCAGUGCCGCCUAUCAGUGCGCAUCAAUGCCACCUAUCAGUGCCUGUCAGUGCUGCCUAUCAGUGCCGUCUAACAGUGCCAGUCAGUGCCACCUAUCAGUGCCACCUAUCAGUGCCAUAUAUGAGUGCUGCCUUUCAGUGCCCAUCAGUGAUGCCUGUCAAUGCCCAUCAGUGCCACCUACCAGUGCCUCCUCAUCAGUGCCCAUCAGUGCCACCUAUCAGUGCCCAACAGUGCAGCCUAUCA